AUGGCUGCCACUUCCUUUGUUAUCAGGACGCCCUGCUCGUCCGCCAACAUUGGACCUGGGUUCGACGUGAUCGGUCUGGCAUUGUCCAUGCAUUUGGAGCUCCACGUCACAAUUGAUACCUCCAAGUCAUCGCAACAACCACUUAACUGUCGUAUCACAUAUGACGACCUGAGCAACAGUACCGAGAAGAUCAGUCUGGACCCCGAGGUUAACUUGAUCACCCGUGUAGCACUUUACGUACUUAGAUGCCAUAGCCAACGGGCAUUCCCUGCUGAGACUCAUGUGCACAUCGUAAACCCGAUCCCCUUGAGUCGGGGUCUCGGUUCUUCUGGCACUGCCGUUGUGGCUGGUGUAAUGCUGGGAAAUGAAGUAGGUAAGCUUGGGCUCAGCAAGGAUCGUCUCUUGGAUUAUUGUUUGAUGAUCGAACGACACCCCGACAAUGUCGCUGCCUCGCUCUUCGGAGGCUUCGUUGGCACCUAUCUCAACGAACUCGCCCCCGAAGACGUAGCGCGCAAGGAGAUCCCUCUCAGUGAAGUUCUCCCUUCUCCGGCCGGUGGCAUUGACACCGGCAAGAGGCCUCCUGAGCCGCCCAUUGGCAUCGGUCAUUACAGAAAGUUCCAGUGGGCCAAGGAAAUCAAGGCUAUUGCCAUCAUCCCCGACUUUGUCGUGCCCACCGCCAACGCCCGGAAUGUUCUUCCUACCUCGUAUACCAGAGCGGACGUUGUCUUCAACCUCCAGCGCGCUGCCUUGCUCCCAGCAGCUUUGGGCAGCUCUCCGCCGGACCCAGACAUGAUCUAUCUGGCCAUGCAAGAUAAGGUCCACCAACCAUACAGACAGACUCUUAUCCCCGGCUUGACGGAGAUUCUCCAAUCAAUGAACCCACGUACGCAGCCCGGUCUGCUUGGAAUCUGUCUGUCAGGUGCAGGCCCGACCAUCCUUGCCUUGGCAACGGAUAGGUUCCAAGAGAUUGCAGACCGCAUCAUCUCUCGCUUUGCUACCAAUGGCAUCGCCUGCCAGUGGAAGUUGCUUGAGCCUGCCCAAGACGGCACCACUGUCCAAUACUGA